CUUGUCGUGCACCUACCACCACGAUGGACGACUAUCCGAUGUAUGGGUUGCUGGUUGGGUUCUCUCUCUGGGGGACCCUCUGGCGCCUCCUCUUUCCUCCGGGGUUCUGGCACGCGAUGACGUGUAGAGUAGAUACCCGGGGUGGUACUUCCACCAAGCCAUAUUCAAAGGAAGAGGAGAAGAAGAUGGCCGCCAUUCUGCAGGAGAGGAAGGAGAAGAAGGAGGCCAAGACGAAGGCCUUGAAAGAGGAGAAGGCGGCCAAAUUGAAGAAGAUAGAAGAAGAGAUGGCAAGAGAGAAGGAGAGAAUAAAGAAGGAAGAGGAGGCGAAGUUGAAAGAGGUGAACGAGGAAGAGGAGGAAGGUCCGCCACUGCAAAGAAGUAGUGGGCAGCACAGUGGCAGCAACGGUGGGGAACUGGAGAAGAGGAUAUCCGAAUGGGUUGCCAAUCUGUCUGUGGGAGAAGAGGAAGAAGUUAGCAUGUACAUCCCACAAGAUCAGCAAGAGGCUGCCAUGAGGGCUUGGGAUGCAGAGAAAGAUCCCCUCAGACGACAGGCGUUGGAAGACGAGAAGAGGAUGGAGUGGAAAUUGGCAGUGAUGAGGGAGAAGAAGAGAAGAGUUGACAAGGCAGCGGAGGCGGCGGAAGAAUUAGAAGAGGUUAAAAAGCUAGAAGAGUAAGUAGCCGCCCAGACUGAACUCCCAGCCCAGAUGCGAGUCAUAGCCCGAAGCGUCGCACGCCUGACACGGAU